AUGUACAAUGUACAAACUCCUAUGGUCCAUGGUCUGAGUAUUGAAGGCAAUCAUAGACCCAAUCCACCAAAAAAUAUUACUUUUGGAAAAGUAUCAUCCACUGCACUAGAGGUACUUUGGAGUCCUCCAGAUGAAUCAGAGAAUGCAUCAUUUCAUCACUAUCUUGUUAGUUAUAUGGGAUUUGGAUCAAAAAGUCAAGGAACUGAAAAUGUUAAAGGCGACAAAACAUCCUUAGUGCUUGGAAAUCUUAAACCAUUCCACUCAUACAAAGUUUAUGUACAGACAGUGGCUGAAGGAGGAUCACUAAGUUGUGCUGAAGGACCAUUGCUUGCAAGUACAGCUCCCAGUCCUCCAGUGUAUAUUUACAUUGGCAACACUGAUGUUUGGGAGAAUAGAAUCAUUGUGCACUGGGAGCCACCAUUAGAAGGAAGUGAUGAAUACCAUGUACAAAUAAAACUGAGCAAUGGUAACAAAGAAGUAAAACAACGUUCAGUGACAAAUGCAACGGUACUUCAAUUUGAUUUUCUAAUCCCAGGUGUCACAUAUGACAUUGAGGUGAUGGCAAUAAAAAAUGGGAAGAGAAGCAUACCAAAAUUGAUUACACAAACUACAAAGCCUAACCCAAUUGAAAUAGUUGCUUCCAUUGAUAUUCAGACUCACUCAACUGUGCUCUAUGUUGGAAUGCCAAAGGUUGGCUUAUUUGAUGGAAUUAAUAUUAUAUACGGAAAUGAAAAUAAAAGAGUACCUUUAACGAACAUUAAUGUUAACGUGACCCUAGAAAAUCUGACACCCGGCAAAGAAUAUAACUUUGCUGUUUAUGCAACUAGUGGCAACAUGUGGAGCAAAGCUUACAGAGUUCCCGUUGUGAAAACAUGUUUGGCACCACCCACUAAUUUACGAGAAGGAAUAGUCACAGAAACAUCACUGGAAUUACUGUGGGAUAGAGCAGAAGGCCAUUUCUACCAAUAUGAAGUGCAAUGUUUAAACUGUGAAGAGCAACUUGUGGUUCAAAAGGUUGACCAGGAGUGUGCAGUAUUUGUACACCUGACCCCAGGAAAACUGCAUAAUAUUUCACUUCGGACAGAAAAGGAAGGCUUUCGAGACAGCAAAGCAGUGAAAAAAUUGAUACGUACAAUGCCAAGUCCAGUGGAGUAUUUGCAUUUUAACAAGACUUCUCAUUCAGUAACUGUCAGCUGGCCUCAAGCUGCCCAUGUAUUUGAUGGAUAUAAUCUGACAUUAUCCAAUAAAAUGAUCCACCAGGUUGUUCGGAUUCCAUUCACUCAAUCACGAACACAUAAUUAUGUCAAGCUGUUACCAGGUACAAUCUAUUUUGUAAGUAUUGAGACUACAAGUGCAAAAAAGAAGAGCCGUCCCACUACAAUCAAUGUUACAACAAAACCUGAAAGGCCUCAACAGCUAGAAGUUUCAAAUAUUUUACCAAGAACAUUUACUUUAUACUGGAGAGCACCUAUUGGACAUGUUGAUUAUUAUAAAGUGAUUCUCAUUCCUGACCAAGGCUUGGUCAAUGUCACAGACCUGGGGGAUGGCAAUUUCAAGGCUGAUGUUACUGAUGCUACCCCAGGUAUGCAAUACACCGCCACAGUUUCCUCAAUUUCUUCAUCAUUUAGCAAAUCUGUCAGCAGAUCAUUCAUGACACGUGAAACAAAUCCAGCCUCUCCAGAUGGUCUUACAGUGGGCCCCAUUGGUGCUACAGCUAUAAUGUUGGCAUGGAGCUUACCUUCUCGUCCAAAUGGAAGAAUUUUAUCCUAUAGAGUAGAGUACAAAGAGGUUUGUCCUGCGCAGCAAGCCAACUUUAUCCAAGUUUCAACAAAUGCAGAUACCCCUGAAUUUCUUCUUAAUAAUCUGAAACCAGGGACAGCUUAUAAGAUUAGGAUUGCAGCUGAAAACAAUGCUGGCAUUGGAGCUUUUAGUACUUUUCGGAAAGUUGUAACUGCAGAAAGUGCUCCAGGUCCAGUUUCAUCUCUUACUGCAACAGUAGUCAACCAUACAACAGCUAAUGUGACAUGGUUUCUACCUAAACGACCAAAUGGGAAAAUUACAUAUUUCAGUAUAAUUAUAAAGUCCGUAAGAAGUGGACGUAUAUCAAAGAAUAUAUCAGUGAAUGCUGAUACCCUUUUCCCAAAUACAUUACCACAGUGUGAGGAUGAUAGUUCAACAGGCACCACUCCUGCAACAUCAGUUUCAUCUUCCCCACCAACCAGUAAUGGAUUUUUAACAGUCAUACCAGAAAAUCCAAUAGAAAAACAAACAUCACCUGAGUUUGCCAGCAUUAUGGUGGAUCAACUGAAACCAUACACCACCUAUCUGUGUGAAGUGUCUGCCUUUACAAAAGAAGGAGAAGGCCAGACAGCAAGUACUCUCUUUAGAACACCAGAAUGGCUUCCAGAAGAACCGCCUCAAAACCUAAUUGUAAGUAAGAUUACAUCAAGGUCAUUCCGAAUUAAUUGGGAUCCACCAGCAACAGUUACAGGAAGAUUCUCUUACAGAGUUGAGCUCAAUGGCCUAUUUGGGAAGAUAUUGCAGAACAGCACCAGAGGACUGAUGUUCUUUUUUAUGAACCUGCUGCCAUUUACAAAAUAUGAAGUGUUUGUAACUGCUGAGACAAUGGUUGGACUUGGACCAAAAGCCAGUGUUGAAAUCACUACGUCAUCAGAAGUUCCAGGAGAAGUAUUUGAUUUUAAAGCAACAGAGGUUGAAGCUAAAUCUGCAAGAUUGGAAUGGGGAAAGCCUCGUCAACCAAAUGGAAUUAUUAUUCAAUAUCAAAUCACUGUCUUUCUAAAGGAGUCUCAGAUAUCUGUACAAAAUAUAAUCUUGACAGAAAACCAUCAGAAAUUCUUGGACAAGGGGCCUCCUGUAACUAAUCUGCCCAGGAAUCCAAAUAUCCAAAAACAAGUAAAAAUCAGCAUAGAAACUUGCACCCCUUCUGCAGCAUUCAGUACGCCAUGUUCUGUAUCUCGAAGCUCCAGUAACUUAACCAGCCACUUUGACAGCUUCAUUGAAAUGAAUAUGAAUAUGGGAAACUCUACUGAACCAAAACUUCCUGGUAUGUUGGUCACAGUCUCCACUACGUUGACUUCAAAAACUGAUGCAAUAUUUACAGACGUGGAUGAAGGCUCUGCUGAGCUGAUAUCUGAUUCCUCAUCUUUAGAACCUGCAGUGACUUUGCUGACUUUUUCACCAGCUAAGGAAUUAACCCCUGUUAAUUCAGACUUGCCUGAGACAACUACUGUACAUGAAAAAAGCAUGACUGCAUCUGUGCCUGAUCAACUAACAUCACAUGCAAUCACUUAUUCUCAACCUUCAAUGCCUAGUACCGCACACUCAAUGGCUGCUACUGGAUUCACUGAAUCAUUUACUAAACCAACAACCUCUAGUUUCUUGGGGCCCUUUGAAUCUCAUCCUGCAAUCAACACGACUCUCAAGCUGAGAUCAGUGUUGCAUAAAAGAUCGCUUUCUGCAGUUGUCAAGGCAGGUGGAAUUUCUCUGCCUUCAAGUGCUUCACCAUUUCUUCCUCAAUGGAGGCUUCUGGCUAAUGGCCUUCAAAAUAUCACUGCUGAGAGUGAAAGCAGGCUCCAGGUCAUUGACCCCACAUCUGAACAGCUGUCAUAUGUUGUGAAAGAACUUGUACCUCAUACUGAUUACAUUAUCAGAGUGUCAGCAUUCACUAUUGUUGGAGAAGGACCACCAACCUACAUUAACUUAAAGACACGAGAAUAUGUGCCAAGUUCAGUGCAGAAUAUAACAUAUGAAAAUAUCACUUCUACAUCUAUUCUGAUAUUAUGGGAUCCACCUGCUAUUCCUAAUGGCAUUAUAACUCAUUACACUAUCUAUGCUGUGGAGGAAGGCACAAUUGAGGCAUUUCAAGAAGUUGUAAUGAGUAACAACAUAACUCUAACAGGUUUAAAAAAAUUUACAGAUUAUAAAAUGAGGGUAACAGCAUCAACCUCUGCAGGUGAAAGCUCAGUCUCUGAAAAAGAUGAUAUUUUUGUACGAACUCUUGAAGAUGAACCAGAAACACCACCUGAAAACUUAACCUUCAAAAAUGUAACUGAAACAUCUGCAUACUUGAGCUGGUCACCUCCAGAGAAGCCCAAUGGAAUUAUUACAUACUAUGAAGUUACAUACACCAAUUGUACUGACUCUUUUACAAUGAACAGUUCAGAAACAAGCAUUUACCUAGAAAACUUAAAGAAAUUUUCUCCCUAUAACGUUUCUGUUAAAGCAUACACCAAGUAUGGCCAUGGGAAUCAAACCUCUCCAAUUGUGCUUUUGGUGACAAAACAUGAUGUUCCGGAUAGCGCACCUCAAAAUAUAACAUACAUAUUUCUCCCUCCUUCUGAUGUUGAAAUAUCCUUUCUACCACCAUCAACUCCCAAUGGAAUUAUCCAGUUUUAUACCCUCUAUCUUGGAGCUCAAAAUAGUAGUGAUGUGCUGAUUAUAAACAGUACAAAUUUGAUUGUCAUUGUUACAGGUUUAAAAGCAAAUGAAAGGUAUUCCUUAAAAAUUUCUGCAAGUACUAGCAAAGGUGAAGGAACUCAAAGUCAACCAGUGUACAUUUUAACUGGAGAAGGUGUGCCUGGCUCUCCUCCACGAUCAGUUAUGUCAAAACAGUUAUCCUCUACCACUGUACUUCUGUCAUGGAAACCUCCCACGGAACCAAAUGGAGUGAUUCUGUAUUACACAAUCUAUGUUUGGAGCACAACAACACAACUUAUUUUAAAUGAGACUGAAACAUCUGUACUGCUGAAAAACUUGGACAAUAAUACCGAAUACUAUGCUUUUGUAACAGCAAAUACAUGGUUAGGUGAUGGAGGAUUGAAAAGUAAUAACAUCACGUUUCGAACACUUGAGAAUUCAAGGAUCCCUGAAGGCAUUAUCUCCUAUGUCAACAAAAGUUCCACUUCUGUUCAAGUAUUUUGGAACCUUUCCUCUAAGGCAAAUGGAUAUGUUCAAUAUUACACAGUUCACUACAAGAAUACUUCCGGUGUUUUUACACAGAACAUAACAGAUAUUUAUCAAACAAGUAUUGGUGAAAAUGCAAAUGUGACAAUACUUUUGAUUAAUUUGGCCAAAUUCAGCCACUAUGAAACUUGGAUGACUGCCGCUAAUAUGCUGGGAGAUGAAAUUCAGACAAGUGAACUGAUCAAUGUAUACACUGAUGAAGAUGUACCAUCGACUCCUCCACAAGACUUGAUGAUAGCAAACUAUACAGCAGAUUCUGUCUUGGUUAGGUGGAAACCUAGUCCUAUGCCAAAUGGUAUUGUGCAGUUCUACAGUUUUAAGAUAAUUGACAACACAAGAGAAAGCACAUAUUUUAUGAAUACGACAGCAUUAUAUCACGAAGCAUCCCUCACUGGCUUUGAAACAUUGCACGAAUAUCAAAUCAGUGUGUCGGCUUUUACCAAAGUGGGAAAUGGAGAUCAAUUUAGUAACAUAGUCAUUUUCAAAAUAAAUGAAUCAGUUCCAGAUACUGUCCAAAAUCUUCAAUGCAAUGCAUCAAGUUGGCAUUCAGUCAUUAUUAAGUGGGAUCCUCCAUUAAAAUCGGAUACAAUGAUCACUUAUUAUGCACUUAUAUUUGAAAAUGAUGUUCAAAACGUUGCUGACAAAGAUCGUGUACAUACUUUUAGUGAGCUGCAAUCAAAUACUUCCUAUCAGUUCAGUGUAAUGGCUGUUAACUCCAUGGGCCAAGGAGAAAGCAAAAACUGUACUGUCACUACAUUAUCAGAAGCAGUUCCAAGUGCUCCUAAGAAUCUAGAGAUAAUUGGCGUUCAAUCAACCUAUGUUAUUUUGAGGUGGACACACCCUGAUAUUAUCCCUGGGUAUUUAAGGCUUUUCAGGAUUAUUAUACAACUACGUUCUGUGUUGUGCAUGAACUGGGAUACUCAAGGAUGCAUUGAAGCUGAGCAAACUCAAGAUCAUAACAUCGAAAAUAAUAAUUACACCAUGGAGGCAAUUGUACACGGAUUAAAGAAAUUCCGAUGGUACAGAUUUAGGGUUGCUGCUAGUACUAAUGCUGGAUUUGGCAACUAUUCAACUUGGAUUGCUACAAAGACAGCUGUUGGCUAUCCAGACAGUCCUCCUGAAAAUAUUACUGUUACAGUAAAAUCCUCUGACACCAUUGAGAUUGCCUGGGAAGAGCCUGAGAUUUUCACAGGUCCAACCUCUUAUCUAAUCGACGUAACAAUGGUAGAUAAUGAUGAUUUCAAUAUGACCAUUCUUCAGUCAGAGAAACAGAACACAACCUGUGAGAUAUCUGAUUUGAUGCCAUUCACGAGAUAUUCUAUCAUCAUUGUAGCAUUUACUGGCAGAGAAGAAGAUGCCCGAAUACAUGGCAAAGCCAGUGAGCCAAUCAUUGUUAGGACACUUGAAGCUUUGCCUCAAGAUGCACCACAGAAUUUUAGCCUUCAGAAGAUACCCAAUGAAGUGACAAUGGUUCAUGUAUCUUUUUUGCCACCAUCUCUUCCAAAUGGUAUUGUUCAGAAAUACCAAGCAAUUAUUUAUAAAGAAGGAGAGGCUUUUAAACGCCGUGUAAACAAUCUGAAAAUUGUCAAAAGCAACCAGUCACUGACUUCUGUCAUAGAAGGGUUGAAAGGUGGAAAUACAUAUGUCAUACAGGUCCGUGCUGUAAACGGAGCUGGUGCUGGGCCACAAACUUUAGAACAGAAAAUAACUAUGGAUGUGAAAGCUCCACCAAAACCUACUUUUAAACCAGCUGUUGCUUUGGAUAAAAAUGGAGCAUUGCAAGUCACUUCCACAACUAUGACAAUCAGAAUGCCUACAUGUUAUUUCACAGACGAACAUGGUUCUAUCAAAAAAAUACAAGUUAUAGUGACUGAAAUAAGAGCUAUGAAUGAUAGAAAUAUUUCUACAUGGUAUGAUGCUUAUGUAAGAAAACCAAAACCAUAUUUUGCAAAUGAAGGCUUUCAAAAUCCACCCUGCAGUGGAACAAACACAUACCGACAGAAUGCUAUUGAAGAAACAUACACCAUUGGAAGUGAAAAGUCAUGUCAGCAAAAUAUAGAUAAAAUUUGCAACGGACCACUAAAACAUGAUAUACAGUACUUAUUCAAGUUCAGAGCAACAAACUUUCAAAAACAAUUUACUGAUUCAGAUUACUCUGAUCCAGUCAAGACCCUCGCUGAAGGUCUAUCAGGAAGAACUAUUGAAAUAAUUCUUGCAGUGACUUUAUGUGUGCUUUCUGUCGUUCUCCUUGUGAUAGCUGCAUAUGUAAUUGCGAGAAUAAGACAAAAACAGAAGGAAGGAGGCACAUACUCUCCAAGGGAUGCAGAAAUUAUUGACACUAAAUUCAAGCUGGACCAGAUGAUUGCAGUGACCGACCUGGAGCUAAAGGAGGAGAAGCUGACACGAUUACUCAGUUAUAGGAAAUCCCUCAAGCCCAUUAGCAAGAAGUCAUUCUUGCAGCAUGUAGAAGAUCUGUGUGUUAAUAACAACAUGAAGUUUCAAGAAGAAUUUUCGGAACUCCCCAAACUAGGUCAAGAACUUACAUCAUCUGAUGCUGACUUGCCCUGGAAUCGAACCAAGAAUCGCUUUGCAAAUAUAAAGCCCUAUAAUAAUAAUCGAGUGAAACUCAUGCUUGAAGCUGGUGUCCCAGGAUCUGAUUUCAUCAAUGCUAGCUAUGUUGCAGGUUACUUAUGCCCAAAUGAGUUUAUUGCUACUCAAGGCCCUUUACCAGGAACAGUGGCAGAUUUUUGGAGAAUGAUUUGGGAGACAAGAACUCAAUCCAUAGUCAUGUUGACACACUGUUUUGAAAAGGGCAGAAUUAAAUGUCACCAGUAUUGGCCUGAGGACAACAAGCCAGUAACUGUGUUUGGGGAUAUUGUGAUCACUAAACUAGCAGAAGAUGUUCAGGCAGAUUGGACUAUCCGAGAACUGAAAAUUGAAAAGUACGGUGAUUAUAUGAUGGUGACUCAUUUCAACUUUACUUCAUGGCCUGAACAUGGUGUUCCUGAGACCUGUGCACCUUUGAUUCACUUUGUGAAGCUAGUUCGAGCAAACAGAGCCAAUGAUAACACUCCUAUUGUUGUGCAUUGCAGUGCUGGAGUAGGAAGGACAGGUGUCUUCAUUGCACUCGACCACCUUAUACAGCAUAUGAACCACCAUGACUUUGUGGACAUUUUUGGAUUUGUGGCAGAGUUAAGAAGUGAACGAAUGUGCAUGGUGCAGAACUUGGCUCAGUACAUGUUCUUACAUCAAUGUGCUUUGGAGCUAUUGAAUAACAAAGGAACCAGUCGAACGCUGUGGUUUGUAAAUUAUGCUGCUUUGCAAAAAAUGGACUCAGUGGAUACAAUGGAAGGUGAUGUGGAAUUGGAGUGGGAGGAAACAACCAUGUAA